UCAUAUCCUUUUUUAAUAAUCUUCUCUUUCACACACCAAUCAUCAAAAUUCAAAACCCAAACUUCAUACAUACUUUCCUUUUCCAAUUCUUUGUUAAAAAAAAUCUCACUAUAUUACCAUUAAAAUCCUCAAAAUCCCACAAAGAAAUUCAUCUUUUCCUCUAUCUCACUUCUUUCUCCAUCUCACUUAAAACAAGAGGCCAUGUCCUCCCCCACUAAUCCCUCUUUCGACGGCGACGAUAUAUACUUCGGCCCCGCCCAUCCCCAUCGCAACCCAUAUGAUUUAAACAACAAAAUCAUGCUCACCGCCAUCGUUUCCCUUUCUCUCGUCGUCAUUCUCGUCAUUGCCCUUCACAUUUACGCCCGUUAUGCCCUCCGCCGCCACGCACGGCGUCAGGCCGUCCUACGUCGUCUCGGAAUCCUCGCCUUCAUCGACUCCGGCGACCAUCACCCGCCACCGUCUCGCUCCGGGCUCGACCCCUUAGUCAUGGCGUCGAUGCCGGUCGUCGUUUUCAAGCACCAAUCGGAAAGUCCAGACCCCUCCGGUGGCGGCGUGGAGUGUGCCGUGUGCUUGAGCGCUAUCGUGGACGGCGAGACGGCGAGAAUUUUGCCCAAUUGUAAACAUGUGUUUCAUGUGGAGUGUAUUGAUAAAUGGUUUGGGUCUCAUUCCACAUGUCCGAUUUGUCGGACGGAGGCGGCGCCGAUGAUGCUGCCAGAACCUCGGGAAGGUCCGGCGGCAGAGGUGGGGGAGGGUGGUGGUGGUGGUGGUGGGUCAACCUCCCGAUUGAGUUCGUUCAGACGGAUUCUAAGUAGAGAAAGGUCUUCGCUAAGGAUUCAACCCUGUGUACUCCAACAUAGAAACGACGCCGUUCCAGACUUGGAAUCCCAGUAAAUAUCAAUUAAUGUAAAAAACUAUUUUUAACUUUUAUUUAUUUUUAUUCACUUAAUAUUUUUUUCCUUCAUCAUUUCUAUCAAUAAAAAGUAUAUAAUACAAAA